GUCCACACCCUUACAACUGUCAAACUGAUGUUUGAUGUUUGAUUUGCAAAUGGCGACUUAAAGGUCUUCAAAAGUAAACAGCGAACAGAAGAACGUUAGAGAACAAUGAUUAUGGUUUCAUGAUAUAUUUAAUAGUUCUUAUAAUUAGUCACAUACAGAAAUCGUACUGAAGAUAUGGCUACAUCACAAGACGCUGACUCGGAUAUGGAAUGUUCCGACAAUGAAGAUGGAUAUUAUGAUUAUAAUGAUUACUAUAAUGAUGAAGAUAGCGAUAUUGAACGCAUAGAUCCAACUAGAGUUGAUCCAGAAUACUUUGAUUACAAGUGUCUGUCUGAAGAAGAAGUGGAACGUCUACUCAAUGAAACUGUGGAAAGUCUCAGUAACCGUCUAAUUAUAUCUCCUUCCUUAGCCAAAGUUUUGCUGCAUAGCCAGCACUGGAAUACCAAUGAAGUUAUUCAUAAAUAUAAGGAAAAUCCUCAGCAGACACUUAUUGGAGCGAGAAUUAAUCCACCUUCUCCACCCAAGAGUAUACUUUUUACAUCGACAUACUUAGCAUGUUCAGUCUGUAUUACUACACAAAAUAUAGACAAGUUUUUUCAUUUGUCAUGUGCCCAUAUAUUUUGUCGCGAAUGUUGGACGACACAUUUCGAAGUACAGAUCAGCCAGGGAAUAUCCACUGCUAUCAGUUGCAUGGCUAAAGAUUGUAUUGUAUUGGCACCUGAAGACUUUGUUUUGAAGCACCUUCAUCAUAAAACUAGCAUUAGGGAAAAGUAUCAACAUUUCAUCUUCCAAGACUAUGUUAAGGCGCAUCCCGAAUUGAGAUUUUGUCCCGGGCCGAACUGCUCUAUCAUCAUUCAUAGCAGUGAAAUCAAAGCGAAACGAGCCGUUUGUACCCAGUGCAAGACCAUAUUUUGCUUCAGAUGCGGAUGUGAUUAUCAUGCUCCAACGGAUUGCCAAGUUAUAAAAAAGUGGUUAACAAAAUGUGCGGAUGAUAGUGAAACAGCAAACUAUAUUAGUGCUCAUACCAAAGACUGUCCAAAGUGCCACAUAUGCAUAGAAAAAAAUGGAGGUUGCAAUCAUAUGCAGUGUUACAAUUGCAAGCAUGAUUUCUGUUGGAUGUGUUUGGGUGAUUGGAAAUCUCAUGGAUCGGAAUAUUAUGAAUGCUCAAGGUAUAGAGAAAAUCCUAACAUAGCUCAUGAGUCGGUGCAUGCACAAGCCAGAGAGGCUCUGAAGAAAUACUUGCAUUAUUAUGAGAGGUGGGAGAACCAUUCGAAAUCUUUGAAAUUAGAAGAACAAACAUUGGAAAAACUCAGGGAUCGAAUUAAUCAGAAAGUCAUGUCCGGUUUAGGUACUUGGAUCGACUGGCAAUAUUUAUUUACAGCAGCAAAUCUGUUAGCAAAAUGUCGCUAUACACUUCAAUACACAUAUCCUUUUGCAUAUUACAUGGAUGCGGGCCCGAGAAAGGAAUUAUUUGAAUAUCAACAAGCACAGCUGGAAGCUGAAAUAGAAAAUUUGAGUUGGAAAGUUGAGCGAGCUGAAACCACCGAUAGGGGUGACUUAGAAAACCAAAUGGAUAUUGCAGAAAAACGAAGAACUACUCUUUUAAAAGACUUUUUAGAUGUGUGAUAUUUUUUAAGUUAUUUUAGGUGUUUUUUUCGUUUAACUAUUAGCGAAGUUCCCGAUUUCCAGCUCAUUUUUUAAAUAAAAUAUUUGACUGUGAUUCUCAGAAUAGAAAUUUGGCAGGAGAUGUAUAAGGAAACGAAACUCGAAAAGCUAGGUAUUUUCAUUUUAUAGUUUAUAGAUAAAAAUAGUUUCAAUCGUGUAGACUUACUUCUAGUUUUAUUUAUAAAAUGCCACUAUAUAGGGGUAUCUACAAAUUCUAUCAACAAAAGAUAUAUUGUGUUUAUGGUUACAUGGUACGUGGUACACACUACAGUAACUGUGCAUUCAUUGAUCUAUCUAUGCUUAUAUUAGGCCUACACAUAUUUAGUUUAUAUUGAUUGGUUAAAACUAGUCCUUUUAAGUCUUAUUCUAAAUAUAAACUGAAUAUACUAAUUUAGUUUUUCUAAUUAGAUGUUAAAUGUUCUCAUUCAAGAUAUAUGUGCAAACUUAAAAUACCAAUCUUAGUGUUAAUUGAUAAUAUAUGUGAUCUAUUAAGAACUUCUUAAACACGUUGCUUUUGCCUUUAAUGUGCUAUUUCCAUUGUGAAUUUAAUAGAAAUACUAUUGUGAAUAUGUUUAACUGUAUUUUAUUAGUCUAAUUUUAAAAUAGCUAUUAUCAAAUUAUUUUCUCGAAACUAAUAUUGUUACUUGUUAUAAGUGAAUUUUUUUAUUUUAUUCAUAACAAUUUUUAGAAUUUCAAGCUAAGCUAUUUCAAUUCUAUAUGUCUCAGUUAUGGGUAGCCAGAUAAUCUUUUUAAAAAACUGUACUAGUAAGACAUUUUUCGUUUGACCAAGAUGAAGAGAAUCGUGAACACAUACGCUUUUUCUAGACUUAUAAGUAUAAUGAAUAAAUAAGAAGUGAUUCAAGCCUUAGUGUUAACGUGAAACUUAAAUUAAAUAUGUAUUUUGAUUACUUAAAAUAAGAUUCAGAACAAGUGGGUAACGCUUACUACAGGGCAUUUUUGCCAGCAAUGAUGAAGCGCGGUAUUAUGCCAAAUAUUAGUGAAGUAGUUUGUGCGGCCUCAUUUUUGUAUAUUUACUAGUACUUAUAUAUUUUGGGGAUACAAAGAAUUACCUAGGAAUAUGCCUUUUUAGUUUAUUGUAGAUGUACUUAGAAACAUAAUAUAUAUUCUAGUUGAAAAUA